AUGAACUUCACAUGUAACAACUCCUGGUCUGCCGGCAACAACUCCUUGCCGUACGUGAAUGAUAGCUCAUCAAGCAGUAACUCGCGGUGUCUGGAUUCAUUACAGUCAAUAGCACUUCAGGCAAAUCCUUACGCCGCUUUCUUCCUGGUAGCGUUUGGUUCAUCCAUCUUCAUCGCAAUUGUUUCUUUCAUUACCGUGGUGGCCAACGGUUGUCUCCUCUUUGCUUUCUUCGUAGACCCACUAAAGAUUUUUCGCAGUCCAACUACAUAUUUUCUCAUUGGUUUAACAAUAGCUGACUUGCUGAGCGCCUUGGUUCAGGAACCGAUAUACGCUGCCUGUUUUAUGCUCCUGUACUUUCAGAGUCCUUCGGCAAAGAAAUGUUCACCCUUUAUGGCUUUUGGAAAACAGUUCGUAUCAACUACCAUGACGGUUUCCUUUAUCAUCGUUUUUGCCUUUACCCUGACGCAGUAUAUCGUGGUUGCAUCUCCAUUAAAGUAUGCUCGAUUGGUGACCAAGAAAAAGGUUUUGAUCGGCCUUGCCACCAUUUACGUCUACUCUUCAGUUUUGUGGUGCCUCCCCUUGAUGGGCUUGUCUUUGCACUACGUUGAAAUGUUUGAUUUAAUUGUCCAUAACUAUGUUUUAGUUGUCAGUACCGUUGUUCUCUACAUCCUUUUACACCGCCUGAUGAAGAAAAAGAUGGCAGCGGGAAACUCUCUUCAAGGGCAAGCUACUUCAAUGGAAGACAGUAGACACACCCAAUUGCAGCGCAACUUCGUGCGCGUAAAUUUUAUGCUCCUUGCCGUGCUGACCAUAUGUGCUAUGCCUCCAGCUAUCAUGUGGACAAUAGUAAUUUCCAUAGAAAAGACACUUAAUCCCUCGGUGAAUUUGCUGAUUGGCCAGCUUAUGUCUGAUAACCUGUUUUAUCUAAAGUCCCUUCUUAACCCAUUUAUUUACGCUUGGCGUUUGAAGAAGUAUCGGGAGGCUUUUUACAAGAGUUUCUAUCGCAAGAAAACUGGGAAAUACUCGGGAGAAACAAAAAGUGCUACUGGGACAAGAAGCAGAGGUGAACUAGUAGAAGUGUCAAGUUUCACGUCAAAUGCUGUAAGCUUUCUAUCCAGCCAAUCAGUGAUUACUUUGCUGAGCUUCAAAGAACUGGAAAAGUGG